CCGGAGCCGCUGGGUCCCGGCGGUCCCGGUGCCGCUCCCCGCCAUGGCCAAGUGGCUCCGGGAGUACCUGGGCCGGGGGGCCCGGCGCUCCCCCCCGCGCCCGCCCCAGCCCGACUACAGCGGCCCCGGCAGCCCCGGGGGCCCCCCCGCCGCCGCCCCCGGCGCUGCCCUCCGCGGCCCCGCCGCCUCCCCGCGCCACCGCCUCGUGCGGGUGGGGGGCGCGGGGCCGGGGGGCGGCCCCCGCCGCCUGCAGCAGGGCCCAGGUGAGAGCGAGUACUCGGAGCCCUUCGAGGGGGAGCAGGACCCGGCGCCCGAGGGCGGCUGCGACGAGGAGGCCACAGGGUGCCCGCGGCAGGGCGAGGGCCGGCGGGUGCGGCCGCGCCGGGGUCCCCAGCUCUACGACACCCCCUCGGAGGAGUGGGACACGGCCGGGGACGGCCCGGGGGGGGCCCCAGCCCGCGAGAGCCGCCUCCCCCGCGACGACGAGCGCCCGGCUGACGAGUACGACCAGCCCUGGGAGUGGAAGAAGGAUCACAUCUCACGGGCGUUCGCAGUGCAGUUUGAGAGCCCCGAGCGCUCCCCCAGCCUGUCCCGGCAGCUGCCGCGGUCCCCCCGGCCCCCCGGCGGCCCCAGGCCGGGCUGUCCCCCCAGCCCCAGGCGCGUGGACACCUCGCUGCCCCUGGAGAAGCAGGCGUGGUACCACGGCCCCAUCGGGCGGGCGGGCGCCGAGACGCUGCUGGCGCUGUGCCGCGAGGGCAGCUUCCUGGUGCGGGACUGCGAGACCAGCCCCGACGACUACUCCCUGUCCCUCAGGAGCAGCGGGGGUUUCGUGCACGUGAAGCUGACGCGGACCCGGGAGCAGCACUUCACCCUGGGCCGGGCCGGGGCCGCCUUCCCGUCCGUGCCGGCGGCCGUGGGGCACUACACGGCCCGGGCGCUGCCCGUGCGCGGUGCCCGCCACCUGUCCCUGCUCUACCCCGUGGCCGUGCAGCCCCUGUGAGCCCGGGACCCCCGGCCGCGCCCCCCGCCCCAUUAAA